AUGGAUCCGCCAGCAACUGGUGUUGAAGUCAAACCUGAAAAUCUUGAAGAAGCAAAAGAGGGACGUCCUCUCUUCCAUUGUGAUCUCUUUGACACUGAAAUAGUUCACAAGAUAGCUGAAGCUUUACUUCCUGGAUUAGCCUCUGCCUGUGUUGACAACACUAUAGGUGGUCUUUUUAAGACCCCUGGAUCAGUGGCUGUUGAUAUAAGACGAGAAAUGGUGGACUAUUUGUUCCAAAGAAGUGAAAAUUUUGUGGCAGAAUCUGUGGUCCUUGAAGGUGGUCCAGAUGCAGAAGUGUCUGACCUCCCUGAUGAUAUUAUCUUAGAAUUUAUAGAUGACUUUGCAAGUUCAAAAAGAAACUUCUUUAGCAGGGUAUCUGGAUGGCUGUUAAGCGAGAGGAGAGAAGACAGAAUAGAUGAUUUUGUCCAAGAAAUGGAGUUAAAUGGGUUUUGGCUGAUUGGAAGGAGAGAGACUGUUUCACAGACUUUAGUGAAGAAUGUUGAUGUCAAAAACAUUUACCACUGUGAUAAAAAGUUUAAGUCUCCAGAAGAGCUCGCAGAUCAUCUCUCCAAUUGCAGUUUCAGGAUUAUGGACUGCAUGAAUGAGGGGUGUAAUGCCAGAUUUAGUGCAGGUCAAUUUGAUUACCACGACUCAAUUUGUCCUUUCAAAAUUCUUCCCUGUGAACAGAAGUGCUCGGAGACCAUCAUGAGACGUGAAAUGGACAGGCAUUGCAUAACAAUGUGUUCAAUGAAACUUACAAAGUGCCCAUUCUAUCAAGUAGGUUGCCAAUCUGUUAUCCCCCAGUCGACAAUUGAUCAACAUCGUUCCGAGCAUCUUCAUUCUCAUUUGCUCUACAUUCUUCAACAAAUACAUAGAGAAGGAUCAAUUGAAGAUUUAAAUAAAAGGGUCGAUCAACUGGAAAAGUUAUCAUCUAUUGACCGGUUGGUGGCAGCCCGUGAUGCAAGAUCUUUAGCAUAUUUGAUAAAGGAUCUUGAAUUGAAGCUUGGUCCCUUGGAAGUCUCUAAGAAGAGGAACGAUGAUGUAGCAGUCAGAGAUGUGAAUGAGACAAAGGAGGAAAAGGCGGCAGAUUCCUCUCCAAAGAAGGAGUCCCCAAAAUCACCUAGCAGGAAAGAAAAAAGUCCAGACUCAUCUCCUGAACAUAAACGCCGGGGGGACUCAUCACCACAAAGGAGCUCGACAUCAUCUUCUGAACGGGAAGACAUUGGAAAUUCAGUAGAUGAGAAGGAAGAGUCGUCUGGAUUUGUACAUGUCGAAGAGAAGUCCCAAGAAUCUGCAAUGGAAAGUUCCAUUCUCGAAGAGGAUGAAUCCACCCUGAAAAAAGAAGUUAACGCAGAGUCACCUUCCAAGGAAGACGAACUCAUUUAA